AUGGACAGCCCACUCAAAGACUCCGCGUCGUGGGACGACGUCUUUGCCGCGACCAUGACGACAAUGUACAGUCGGCCCGUGUGCCUCGACAGCUGUGCCGGUGACCAGAAUGACAACAGUGACAAGAGGGAAGCCAGUGUGGACCACGCUGCCAAGCGAACACAGGCAGGUCGGUGGACGAUGACGCCGACAGUGCGCACAUGUCCCGUCGGCCAAAUGCAGUUGCCUGGCCGCGCACCAGUCACCGAAGCCACACGCUUCAAGCAGUACGGCGGCGGGCACGGCUGCUUCUCGCGGAAUGCCACAAACGUAUGA